AUGAAAUUGUCAGGUAAAAUCCCCUUGUUUGAUAGUUUUUAUCAACAAAAAGUUCAGAUUUGAAGGCCAAACUCAGAAAUGCGAAAAAAGACGGCUCGUCUAAAGUUGUUGAGAUUCUGAACGAUAUUGGCCACUUUUUUCGAGAUGUAAAGCAUGACCCGACGAGUGCUAUUGAAGCUUAUGUGGAAGGUUUGUUGGAAUGAAUACAAUUCGGGAGAAAAAAAUGUUAUAGCUGCGGACUUGGCACAGAAAAUUGGUGUCUACAACGACGGAUGUUUCGCUGUGCGAGCUUUGAGCGAAAUUUAUGCCGAAUUGGGUUUUUAUUUGAAUUUUGAAUGUUUUUCAAAAGAAUACCGCGGGUAGGAGAUCGAGGUCAAGCAUUGGGAUACGCGGGAAAGUUUCGGGAAAUCGCCAAAACGAGUGGAAUCGCUUCUCAGGAACAGCUAUCGUCUCACGUCACCGCCUGGGUCUAUGAACGGCUUUGGAUCUGUCAGAGCUCCGACAAGGCCGAUUUGGAGAAAGUUUGAGCUUAUUUCAUCCUUUGAUUGUGUAUAUUAGUACAGACAUGAGGGGACAGAUCUAAAGCUGAUUCACGGCUGGCUUGAGCCAUCAAAAAAAUAGUCCUGAAACGAUAAAAGGAGAGAUAGUGCCUGGUUGGUGGAGAGCGCAGACAUGCCACGCCCCUCAGUGUCCCAAGUUAGCCGUGAAUCGGGUAUAGCAAGUUUUCACUGUAGGGAUGAGAUUAUUUGAGCUAUUCUUAGGUGAACUUUAAGGAUCAGACAAGCACUUUCGACUAAGAUUCGCAAGUUUCUCAGAAUUAUUAAAACAAAAAUUGUAUUUUACAGUAAAAUAUAUCCUUUCAAACAUACUUUCAAGACGCAGAAUGACCUACAAAGGUGAAUCGGGAGGUCGAUACUAGUAGGUAACAGGUAGCGAGCGCUAGUGUGGUAGCUGCCGAGUAUCUACUUUUUAGCUACUUUCAUGGUACCGGAAAUCAUACGCUCGUCAGUCAGGAAUCAUACCCGGUAGCAUCGCGAUGCCUUUCAUGUAGUAUCUAGGUACCAUAGGGAUAGUACCAGGUCGCAUACAAACGACCAUCGAUUACCAUACGAUUGAUUUGAAGUUGCUUCUUUCCGGUACCUACUUAUAUUGACCUCCCGAUUGACCAGUGUAAAAUCACACUGUAAGCGGCUCUUCAUUUUAAAACUAUAAUAAGUUUUGAAAUAAACCUUUUAAACAUCAAAAUAUUUCGUUGAAUGCCUCAGAGCUGAGUUUUCUCAAUCCUCAAUUUCUGUUACAGGCCUUUGAAUGGGUUGAAAUUUCUCUGAAUUAUUUGAAACAAAACACGAAAAGGAUUGACGACGAUAAACAGGCUGUCAAAAUCGCCUGUGACAGUAGGAGGAGAAAGGCGGGAUUGGUUGGUUUUUGAAUCUUGAAAGGUUUUCGAAUAACAUUUUCUAGGAGAGGUUAGGUGCUGGAAUCGCGGCAAAUUUGGGGAACCGAGCGGCGGCUGAACGGCUCUGGAACUCGUCUUAUGAUUUCGCCAGGUGAAACGUCGUUUGGAUUGUUUUUUCUGGUUAAUUGACAUCGCUUAUGUUUUUUUCUAUGAAAUAAUCUAUGAAAAAAAUCGCUUUAAAAAGGAAUAUUUUUCUUUUAAAAAGGCAUGAUUUAUAAAAAAUUUAAUAAAUCGUUUUUUUCAUCCUUUUUCUCGGAACUAGUUUUUCUUUUUCUCACCAUCAAAAAAACUGAGCUAUAAUAAUUAUUUUUGAUGAAUUAAAUCGGAUUACACAUGCAAACAGAAAAAAAGCUUUUUAUUUCACCCAAGGUCGUCGAUUUUUUUGAAAAAGCUUCAUCGAAUCUUGUUUCUUCUUUAGUCGAUUCUGGGCCGGUUCAAGCCAAAAUUCUGCCUCAAAGGCUCGUGAGGACUUCAAACGCCUUCUGUUUGAGUUAUUUCGGGGUUAUCUGCAAUUUUUGAACUUUUUUUUUCACAUUAUAUUCUGAAUUUAACUCUCAAUGAAAAUUAUGAAUAAUCCCAGCAAAAGUCUUGACGCAAAUUCGAAAAAAAAAAUCGAGUUCCAAUUUCAGAUCAACGAAAGACGUUGGACUGAUCCGAGUUUUAUUGCAAUCGAAGCUCGAUUUUUCCUGGGCAGACACGAUCCAAACGGCUCGUGAACUGUUGCGAAGGGCCGACGAAAGACAUAAAGGCCCGGCUCUGAUCGAAUGCGCGAAUGUGAGAUUUCGAGUUGGAAACCUUGGUAUUUGGUAUCUCGGGCAAAACGGGAAAGCUCCUCAAAAACAUUUUUCAAAAUAAUAUCUUCUAAGGGCUUCUAGCUGUUUUUUAAAUUUAUAUUUUGCAACUUUUCAAUAUUCGUCAUUUAAAAAUCUUUGCAGAAAAAAACUAGAUAUAUGUCUAGAGAUGUCUCCGAGCCUAUGAAAAAAGGACCUCAAAAGCCUUUUCCCAUUCUUUUUGGAAUUGUCCUAUGAUAAAAUAGCUAUAAAAAGUUUGUUAAAAAUGAUCUCUGAUUUUCAAUCUUUUUUUCAUUCCGUUUAUUUCAAGGAUAAUGUUUCUGAGACGUUCCAAGGUUCAUAAAAGUCUCAAGGCAAACAGCCGUUUUCGAAAUAAAUAAAAAUCGUACAUCAAAGCUCUUUCAAAAGUUUCGAUGAAAAAAUUGAGAACCUCCCAUAAAGCUAUUAACAUAUUUCAAAUCAAUAUUUUUAGCAAUACGUAUUACACGGCCAUUUUGAAUCCGCCUUGCACGAUUUGAAGGAAUGUUAUCGAACGGAGCAGAGAAAAAAGAUGGAAAAGUAUUUUCCGAACGAUUUCGAGCUUCUCUUGAAACGAUUACCCAUUUGUAGGUUUUUCUCCAUAAAAAAAGUUUUCUUUUUCGUGCAGAUUGCAUUUUUUACAUGUAUCCUAGUGGAACACGGGACAUCACAAAAUUUGCAAUUUUACCCCCAAUCUAGCCUUUAUUGAAAUUCAGUUCUGAAAUCUCAUUAAAAUUAAACUUCCAGGCUUCAAAUAUGUCGAUCUGCGGAAAAUGCUAAAACAGAGCAAUCUGAAAAAGAAGGAAAUCCGAGAUAUCUACGAAAUGAUGGGCGAUUUGGUCUGCGAUUAUGAGUUAGUUUUUUUGGUUAGAAUCGAGGAAAAUGAAGAGAGAAAUGUUUAGUGACAAAAACUUUUCAACGCCGUUGAUGUCCCUCGCUUGCGGUCAUUACAUCGAAAUGCUGAGGUUUUUGAGAAAUAUUGAUCGCAUUUGGAAUGGCUCGAUGCGUUGCGAUCGCGUUGCGGUUAGGGUCCAAAAGACUCGGGUGAAAGCUCUUUGGCAUUCUCAUGGUCAAUCCGUUUUUGGUGAGAUGAUCAUCGAACCGUUUUCAUGCUUCAAUCUUCAUGACUACCCGCCUUUUGUUCUUAUUUGCAAUGGUUCGAAGUGUCGCAAUCGCGCUGCGGCUGAAGUUAUAACUUUAAUAAUAAGGCUGGAAGAAUAGUUUUCCUUCCGAGUCCGCGAAAGUCGUUCACUGGUCGGGAGAAGCUUUCAGAUAACCGCUUCAAUUUCGGCCAUUCCAAUUGAGAUCAGGCUUUCAAAGAGAGUUGUGAAUUUCAAAUUCCCAGCGCCUGUGAAGACGACAAAAGCGUGAUCAAGGCGAAAACGGCGAUCGCGCUGACUGAAAUGGACAUUUCUAACUUUGAACGUGCCAAGAAGCUUUUCGUGGACGUCUUGGAGUUGCAGAACAAACUGAGCUUCGAUAUCGACAAAGUAAAUGGCUUUGAAAGGAAAAAAAUCCCAUGUAACUCCAGAUUUUGGACACGAAACUCUCGAUUUUGAGCUGCGACCGGAGACUAAACCCAUGCCAUGAGGAGUUUGAACGGGAAACUGCGAGAUUGGAGGCUGCAAUUAGGAAAAGUAGUCAGAAAAUAGUGAGGGCUUUAAAUUUAGUCAGAGUGGAAAAUUUGUGAAAUUAAGGAGCUCUACCAGAUCUGCAAAAAGUACUACGAGGACAAGGGAGAUUCGAGCAAUGCCGAACUUUUCAAAAGAAGAGAAAGAAAUGUAGAGGAGGAUGAUUCGCAGGAGCUGGAGGAAGAAGAAGAGGAUGAGCUGCAGGAGGACGGCUUGGUCGCACAGAUGAAAAAUCUGACCGACGCCGAGAUUUUUGAAUACGUUAGGAGUAAGUUUUUGAGCUCUCUUGCUACCUUAAAAUCACAGAUUCUUUCGGCUGCAGAAAUAGUUUUUAAAGUUUAUUAUAAUUAAGUUUUACUCUAUAUUUUCGAAUAAUCUUCUUUUUCUCCAGGAGAACUGGAAGAAGAAACGUCUCUAGCCAAACUGCAAGAGAAGCGAGACCGGGUCAAUCACGAAGGAGAGACGAAACUGCACGAAGAAGCCAAGAAAGAGGGCUCCUCCCUGCUGCCGAAACUGAUCAAAUUUGUAACUUUCUCGAAGAAUCUCGGGAUCCAAAAAAAAGUCUCUCAGGGCUAUGACCUCAACAAAAAGGACAAUGCCGGAUGGACGCCGCUGAGCGAGGCGGUCAACCACGGCUGCGUCAAGAAUGUGCGACUUUUGGUCGAAGCUGGAGCCAAGGUGGACGAGGUCUGCGACGGAGAGAUCACCGACAACGAGACGAGGGUUCGUUUUCAAGGAAACUAACGGAAGGAUAGUGCGGGUUCCGGCACGAAAGACCUUGCCAAGUCUCGCUUUUUUUCGGAGCGAAUUUUGAGCAAUCAUCUCUAUUUUUUUCUUCUUUUUUUUCGUCGUUGGCACUUCGGAACUUGAGACAGAGCGAGUAUUUGCAAGUUUGUCGAUGUAGCGCUCCUGACCUCGCAUUUCUGUCGCGGCAUAUUUGCGAGACCGUCAAACGUUGGUUUUCCCAAAUUCGAGAAAACAUUUUGACCGUUACAGGAUUCUUUUCGAAAAAAAAACUAAUUUUUAAACUUUUUUUUCAGUUUGGGAGUGGAGUGACGCCGCUGAUGGAGGCGUGUCUGAUGGGCGAAAUCGAAAUCGCGAUAAUUCUGAUGAACAGCGGCGCGUCGGUCGUCAAAAGGAACGCCGAUGGGAGGACCUGCUUGGAUUGUUUAUUGUAAUCUUGGCAAAUAAGUGAAAGAAAAAAAAAUUCGAUAUCUAGGCUUCACAUGGAGACGUUGGAAGAUGGAGCAGAGCUGUGGCGAGCCCAAAAAAACUCGAGGAGGAAAUCAUAA